UGUGUAUCUGUAUCUCACUGUGUGAGUUGGGCUUGACGGCUCUUCUAUUCUUCGGUGUCUUUUACACACAGAAACCCCGGAUGGUAUUUUUUUGUUUAUCCAGGUGCCCGUCUAUCUGGGGUAAAGGAUCUAAAACGCAAAACUAGACCCACACACUCUCCCCGGAUUCACCUGCUCACGGACCGCCUCCAGCAGCACCGACAUGGGGGACACCGGGAGCGAAGGCAGAAAGCCCCCGGCAAACGUAAACACUGUCGCCCCGCGCUGUCCCUGUGGGUUCUGGGGGUCAAGAAAAACUAUGAAUCUCUGUUCCAAAUGUUUUGCAGAUAUUCAAAAGAAACACUCAGAAGAAGAUUGUGCUAUCAAGAAGUCUCCAAACCCCAGUUUCAGCCAACCGGACCUCAUCUGCAACGAUGCAAAUGACAGUUUAUCUCCAAAAGUAACUUCAACAGCCAGCACAUCAGUGGACCCUUCUGCAGCUGCCACCACACUACCUGCGGAAGAUGAAGUAUCCAGCACAGGUGCUGAUUACAGUGCACUUUGCAUGCCCGCAAAGCGCUCUAUGGAAUCAGUCUCUGAUUCAGCAGGUGCUGUUUCUCCCACAAAGCGAGCAAGAGUGUCUGAUUUGUCACAGGAUGGAGAAGCUUCAUCAUCAUUGACAUUUCUGUCCUCUUCAUCACCUUCGACACGUAGUGGCCCAAAACAAUGGUAUCAGAAACGUUGCCACCACUGUCAAACCAAAUUAGAGCUGGUCCAACAGGAGUUGGGUUCUUGUAGAUGCGGCUACGUCUUCUGUAUGCUGCACCGUCUUCCAGAGCAACAUGAGUGCAUGUUUGACCACAUGGGGCACGGUCGCCAGGAAGCAGUUCUGAAGAUGGUGAAGCUGGAUCGUAAGGUGGGUCGCUCAUGCCAACGCAUUGGGGAGGAGUGCUCCUGAGCCGCAGUCCAUGUAUGUCAUUCACAAGACAUCUUUGCAUUUCUAAGGGUUCUUUGUGUUAUUUGAAAACAUUCUUUAUAACCAACUAAGCUGUUACCUCUGCACCAGUUUCUCCUUCUGUUUUCUUGCUGCUAUGUCUAUGAUGUCUUUUG